UCCCCGGUGGGAGGCGGGCCCGGGGGCGGUGCCAGGGCGGGCUGCGCAGGCGUCCCUUGCACCUUGUCGAUUAGUCAGUGCCGGGAGCGCUGCUAUGGCGUUCCUCGGACCCGCGGCUCCUCCUCACACUGUGCUCGAGGCGGAGGCUAGGAGGGGGCCGGGGAGGAGGAGGCGGGCGGCCGGCCGCCGCAGCUGCAGAGCCGGGGCCAGGGGAGGCGGAGGAGGAGAGGGAGCCGCCGCCGCCAGCCGGGCCGCCUGCAGUGCUCCCCUGGCUUGAGGGCGCCAGCCAUGCCUCGGUGUGGCCGCUGAAGGCGGGCGCCCGCGUCCCCGCCGCUGUGCCUCGCUGCCCGGCUGCCCGCGGCGGGAGAGCGAAGCCGCCCGCCAGCCAGCGGUGGAGCGGGCGCGGGAGCGCGGGGCCGGAGGAGGUGGGGAAGAUGGACCCGGUGCCCUCGUUGGGCUGCAGCCUCAAAGAUGUGAAGUGGAGCCCGGUGCCUGUGCCGCUCGACCUGCUGGUCAGCACUUACCGGCUGCCCCAGAUCGCGCGGCUGGACAGCGGAGAAUGUGUGGAAGGACUGCGGGAGAAUGACUACCUGCUGAUCCAUUCAUGCCGGCAGUGGACCACCAUCACUGCUCAUAGCCUGGAAGAAGGGCACUAUGUCAUUGGGCCAAAGAUAGAGAUCCCCGUACAUUAUGCAGGACAGUUCAAGCUGCUGGAACAAGACCGGGAUAUAAAGGAGCCAGUGCAAUAUUUCAACAGCGUGGAGGAAGUGGCCAAAGCAUUUCCUGAACGUGUGUACGUCAUGGAGGAAAUUACAUUCAACGUGAAGGUUGCGUCCGGUGAAUGCAAUGAAGACACGGAGGUUUACAACAUCACUCUGUGUACUGGGGAUGAACUCACCCUGAUGGGGCAGGCUGAAAUCCUUUAUGCAAAGACCUUCAAGGAGAAGUCUCGACUCAACACAAUUUUCAAAAAAAUUGGGAAGCUCAACUCCAUCAGCAAGCUGGGGAAAGGCAAAAUGCCCUGCCUCAUUUGCAUGAAUCACCGGACCAAUGAAAGUAUCAGCCUUCCAUUCCAAUGCAAGGGCAGGUUUAGCACCCGAAGUCCCCUGGAGCUUCAGAUGCAGGAAGGGGAGCACACCAUCCGAAACAUCGUGGAGAAGACUAGGCUCCCUGUGAAUGUGACAGUGCCCAGCCCCCCACCCAGAAACCCUUAUGACCUCCACUUCAUCCGAGAGGGACAUCGCUACAAGUUUGUGAACAUCCAAACCAAGACCGUGGUGGUCUGCUGUGUCCUCCGGAACAACAAGGUCCUCCCCACGCACUUCCCCUUGCACCUGACCGUCCCCAAGUUCAGCCUCCCGGAACACCUGGUGAAGGGAGAGGCGUGGCCGGAAACCCUCGUCCAUCACUGGCUUGGUAUUUGCCAAGAGCAGUUUGACAUUGAUGAGUAUUCACGGGCUGUUCGUGACGUGAAAACGGACUGGAAUGAAGACUGUAAGAGCCCCAAAAAGGGCCGUUGCUCUGGCCACAGCCAUUUACCCAAUUCCCUCAGCUAUGCCCGAGAUGAGCUCACCCAGUCCUUCCACCGGCUCUCAGUCUGUGUGUACGGCAACAAUCUUCAUGGCAACAGUGAGGUGAACCUUCAUGGCUGCAGGGACCUUGGGGGAGAGUGGGCUCCCUUUCCCCAUGACAUCCUUCCCUAUCAAGACUCUGGUGACAGUGGGAGCGACUACCUUUUCCCAGAAGCUAAUGAAGAGUCACUGGGCAUCCCAGGGAAGUCAGAAGUUCCCUAUGAAGAGCUGUGGCUGGAGGAAGGCAGGCCCAGCCACCAGCCUCUCACGCGCUCCCUCAGUGAGAAGAGCAGGUGUGACCCCUUGAGGGGCUCCACGCAAUCCAAGUGUGCAACUUCUUCUCCUCCUGCCCCUGCGACCCUGGGAGCCACCCUGAAGUCUUCAGAAAUCGCCCUACCUCCUCCUCCAGUGCCUCCCAAAUCUGAAGCUGUCAGGGAAGAAUGCCGGCUCCUGAACGCCCCACCUGUUCCACCCCGAAGCUCAAAGCCUUUAUCCACAAGUCCCUCCAUCCCUCCUCGCACAGUCAAGCCCGUUCGGCCACAGACUCGAUCUCCCAGCCCCACCCUGUCCUACUAUUCUUCAGGGCUGCAUAACAUCAUCACAAAAAGUGACACGAGUCCUCCUAACAGUGCUCCCGUGUCCUGCUACCCUUGCAACCGAGUGAAAAGUGACUCUGCGGACCCCAAGUCCCCAUUUGGAAGUCCCUCUGCCGAAGCGCUGGCCUCUCGACUCUCGUGGCCCAACCAUUACUCGGGAGCAUCAGAGAGCCAGACCCGGAGUGACUUUCUGCUCGAUGCCAGCAGGAGUUACAGCUACCCCAGACAGAAGCCACCUGGCACACCAAAGAGAAACUGCCCGGCCCCUUUUGAUUUUGAUGGCUGCGAGCUCUUAGGCAGCCCGCCCAGCGCAGCCUCUGCAGAAUUCAGCAGCAGUGGCGUCUCCAGUUGCCCCAAGUCCGCCAGCUACUCUCUGGAGAACUCCGAGGACAGCUCCCUUGCAGCUGGCAUGACCAAGCAGAGCAUCUCUUGCCCUGCCUUACCCCCAAGGGCCCCAAAGCCAGUGGAACAGAAAACCACCCCUGAAACAUCUCCUUUGCCUCUGAAAAUCGAUGGUGCUGAGGAGGACCCCACAGCCGGGUCGCUGGACCUCUCCGAGGACCAGUAUUUUGUGAGAAAGGGCAUGCAGGACAUCUUCUCCGUCUCUUACCCUUUCUCCUCUCCACUCCACCUCCAGCUGGCCCCCAGAUCUUGUGGGGACGGUUCCCCAUGGCAGCCACCUGCCGACCUAUCAGGACUCUCUAUAGAGGAAGUGUCCAAGUCUUUACGGUUCAUCGGUUUGUCUGAAGACGUCAUAGCCUUCUUUGUCACUGAAAAGAUCGAUGGGAAUUUGCUUGUUCAGUUAACGGAAGAAAUCCUCUCAGAGGAUUUCAAACUAAGCAAACUGCAGGUGAAGAAAAUAAUGCAGUUUAUUAAUGGUUGGAGGCCCAAGAUAUAGCCAGAAGGCCGUGGCCAGCAUGAGACAGAGCUGAGAAACUGUGCUACAAGGGUGGGCUGGGACACAAACCCAUGUUUUUGCACUAAAAAAAAGACAAAAAACAAAAACCCUUCUCUGUAAAUAGAGACAGAGAGCGUCUUACUAUGCAGAUCCCGUUUCUGAAUGGUGAACAGGCUAUUUUGUACAUCAAUAAAGACGCUGUACAGAACACUUAGAGGUGUGCCUUGUACGUCACUCAACGUUCAACAGCUGCUAAAAGAACUAGAGGCAUGUUCAGAGAACUCGUUUUUACCCCAGUAGGUUUCCAAGAAGGCCUGGUAUUUAUUACAAAACAGCCAAAGCUGAAAGACGUAAACACUUGUGAGCAGUCCCUGCCCCGGGGAGUCGGCGUCCGGCAGUUAAUUGUACUCUGUGGCUUGCUUCGCUUCAUGCCAAUUGUUUAACUCUUGUGCCUGACAAUGUCCGUGGUGUGACAUGACACUUUAAUGUUAUAUGCUUGGGGGAGAUCUUUUUAUCAAAAGGCAUUUUCCAAAAGUCCUGUUUAGAUGGCGGAUGCCUGGCAUCCUUAGAAAUGACACAAAUCAUGACUGCUACAUUUGGUCUGUAACUGCUGCUAGUUUUAUUGAGCAGAGGGAGGGGGAAAAAAGGUAUGUAUGUGUGUGUACCCAGCACACACAGAUAUGUUUAAAUGUAAUUCUGUUUACUUUCUAAUAUCCAUUGGGGUUUAGGGCCCUUUGACUGAGUUUUCUCGAGAACAGUUCACAGAGUAAUUCCAGAGCCUCAGAACCUUUGGAACUCGGCCUCAUAGACCCCACCCCUGAAAACUCAGAAGCAAUCAGUCAAGAGUCUGUUGAAGAAUUUAAUGUUUCAACCCCACCCAUGUGAGGGCUGACUCCUGCAUGUCCAUGCUGACACUGGGGGAAAUGAUGGCUACUCUGAUUCCUGUGUACCCAUGCUGACACCGUGUCCCAGUGAGAGAUCUGAAAAACAUUUCUCCAUACAUUCGAGUUCUUCUCACCACGCCUCUUGCGUCAGGAAAGCUCAUGACUCAGACAGACCACCUGUCUGUUACAUAUGCCACAUCUCUGCACUGAUUCCUAAAAUGUCCAUAAGAGUAUGUGCUUAUACCUCUAAAAUAAGAAGAAGAAGAAUAGUAACAACAAUUAUUACUGUUAUUCUGAGAAUUCCAGAACGUGUCUAAGAAUUUUGCUAAAUGAGAUUAAAUGCUCCAAAAUAUAGCAUCGUGCCCUGACUCUUGACUCUUUGAAGGCAUAUAACCUCAAAGAGUCUCUGGUUUUCUUCUGAGCAACAAUGUAUCCUCCAAACAGUCCCUGAGUCUGUCCCCAGAUUCUAACUUGGCAGACAUCCUGUUAGCAAGAUGCACACCUGAGCCUCUCGGGAGAGGUUGUCUGGCCACCAGGAGGCAGUGUAUCCUGAAGGAUUGACCAUAUUGUGUCACGCCUUCCUGUUCACAGAAAGGAAAUAACUGUUAAAGGUUAGAGCUGACAGCCAGGGCUUGCAGUCCCGUGAAGUGUAACCCCAUUUCUUUCCAUUAGAAAGCAACCUAAUUCCAUCUUGUGAUUUACAGCUGAGAUGAAUUGAUGCCUAGUCUAGUAUCGCAUCUCUGACCUCGUUAGAAGAAGAAAAAGCAUUUAUCCCUUCCUAACAUGCAUCCUAGAUGUAAAUACUGCUUGUAAGUCAAAAGAAUCCUCUCUAAAACAGGCAGCUGGGGUGUUCAGAAGUCAGCCUUGAGUCUGUGACAUUCCCUACUGCUCGCUCACAACCAAGACUCGCGGAGAGUCUGUCUCAGAGGCAGGCCUCUUGGAGAGGAACUAACUCCUUAGAAAGUUAACCUAGCCUGAGAGCAUUAACCCCCUGGAGAAUAAAGACAGACAGCCUGCAAGAGACACUGCAGGUCAUCCAUCCUUCAGCGCCAGUGCUGACCGUGAUCCUCAGACUCAGCUGCAAGCCUCGGGAUUGGCUUGCGUUCACCGUGAAGGCUGCUCUACAAGACAACCACCUUCGUCCAUCUUCUGCAAGAACCUUAAGCGAAAUCAGAUCGUCCAUCCACUUUUAGUUCCUUUGCUUUGGCCCUGGCAUCCUCAGGCCAAGUCAGUAUUGAUUGGGAUCCUGGGGCCUCCCUGAGAGCAAAGAUAGGCCCCGGAGUCAUGCAUUCAUUGGACAUUCACUGUGUAUAUUCUGUGUGUCAGACCCAAGGCUGAGGACAGGCCUCACCCCUGUCCACUUAGUCACAGUUGCUAGCACUGUGUGUGUGCAUGAGAGACUCUGGAAUUCUCCUGGAAAGUGGAUUUAUGAAGAGUAAUAUCCCAUCUUUAAGGAGUCCACAGAUGGAAGCAAUGACAGCCUCCCCUAAACAUGCAGUAAACACCCCAAGAUGCUAACACUUGGAAUGCGUUCAAGGGAAAAUGCAUCUGUCUUUCAGUGUCUCCUGUUUUCUUAUACUGACUUGGAAUUUUUAAUGAUAAUCAGUACUGGCAUUUCUGAAAGCCACAAAUAAGUAUAAUUGCCACUUCUGAGCUGAGCACCUGUCUGUGGAGGAUGCUGGCUAGAGGAGGAAUUUGUAAACCAGCAGAAAGAAAGAGCAGAAGGUAGCAACAGCCCUCGCCUUCCACAGUGGAGCCUCUUCCAACCAGUCAGGUCAAAACAAUACCUCCUUUUGUGACAGACCCUCUACAGCCCAGUGAGUGGCUGUGGGACUUGUGGAGAAAUGCUGUCUACACAGGAUCUUUGGGGGAUCCAUAAACUCACGCCUAAAAUCUUCCUGCCCACCCCCCCCGUCAGGAAAGAGCAUCAGCAAUAAACCAAGCCAAGCAGCUGAAAUGUAAAAUACGAAGUCAAUUCAGAGAGAAAACUCAAGCAUUCACCCACCAAUUCUGUCCACAAUCUCCUAACCGCCUGCACUCUCUGUCUUUAAGUUGAACUGCUCAAGUUUAUGAACUGUGAAAUGUCCGUGUACACUCUCUCCCAGCCCACACAUACCAUCCAAAUUUAUGAAGUUGUACCAAACUGCCCAUUCAGCUAAAUUGCAGUGUUUAUUCUUAUCUUGCAGAAAUGCCACAACCUUAUGGGAAAUGUGACAGUCCAUUCCAGCUGAUCAGAUACAUACAUAAGCAACCUGCAGUCACGAGCCGCCUGCAUAGCCUCCAUGUGCCUCCUUGAGAAGUUCAGCGGGUGGGCGUGGAUGGAUGGAGAGCCCUUCAUUUUCCAAGUGCUUUCCUCGUGCCUAGCAUCCAGAGGUGGAUACCCUGAGUAGCAAACUGGGAAACAGUAUUUCUCCAAAGAACCCAGCCAGUCUGAGUUGCAGUCUACCAAAAACUUAAAUCUGUUGGACACGUGAGGCUUUCGGAAACAUGUCCAUCACAUCAAUUUCCAUUGCUGUCUCUGGAAAUCUGAAGCUGCUAAGAAUCAAGUCCAGAGGGAAAAUGGGGGAAACGGGAUUUUUAUUAUACUGUGGGUUUGUAAUAUAGGAUUCUUGAGGCCAUAUCAUGUUGUCACUUUUUUGAGUUUUCAAGAUUUGUUUUGCAAUUUGCUUCAUUGUGAUAAUGAGAAAUGAGUAAACAUGUGUUUCAAGCUAGGUGCAAACCUCGUCUGGAGUUGUGCUCCUCUGUCCAGCUUGGAAGCUAUGUGUUUUGUAACAGAGCUUAGCAGUGAUGAGGUCCCCUGGUUUCCAGUCUCCUGUAGGAGAGGUCUAGAUAAUCCCCUAGCCAUAAACCGGCCCUUCUGUCUUCAUAUUAUGUUCCAUUUGGAAUAUUGUUUCAGCUAAGACUCAGACAAAACUGAAACUCAAGAACCUGGGGGGGGGUUCCUUCACCUAAAUGGAAAUUGUAUUUUCUAAGUCUUUUGGAAGUGUCUGUACAGUUUUCUUGGCUGGGGAAACAGUGGGCUGCUAACCACAUAUCAGCAGUUAGUUGCUAUCCGGAUCAUUAUCUAGUGGGCCCAAUGUGUACCUCAAGAUAAACACAGUAUGUUACGUCUAAAGAAAUCCAUUGUCUGUUGAUUUAAAUGGUUCUGAAAUGUCUAUAAAUAAAGAAAUUUUCAAGGUU